AAAAAAAAAAAAAAAAAAAGUUUGACGUGAAAGUGGAGGGCAAGGCGUCACAUCCUUUCUCGCACGUGCCCGUGGAACUCCCAUGGUACAGAGAGCAGAGGAUGCAUGGAUGGGCAGUUUGGACUCAGGCAGAACUUCAUGUACUUUCAGGCAUGUUUGCACCAAAAUGACUAAAUCAGUGCUCCACCUGGUGUGUGGAGCCACAUUAAACCAACAAAUGUGUCCUUUUUAUUUAUAACAAUAAGUUGAUUAUUUCUAAGAGUUUUGCUGUCACAUUGCAUCACACAUGACCAUUGCAUCACAAACAAAGGAUUUUAUGAGAGGAGGAUACAGAUUUCAUUUGGAAUGUGCAGCCAUUGAGCUGCAACAAGUGGAUUUCUUCUUUUUUGCACCAUUUUUAGUUCCUCCUCAUUUCAGCAACAUUACAUCAGUUACCAUGUUAGUUUAGAACAAAUCCAAAAAGGAGGAGCUUACAUUUUUGAGCUCCUUUGGAGGCAAAACUACAGUUGCAGAGUGAGGGUUUGUGUAAUGUCGGGUAUUCGUGUGAGGGUUUGCUUGAAUGACAAUGAGGGGAACGGUGGGUCGGGUUCUGUGAAAGCCCCUGUCAGUCCACAUCACAGUCACUUUACUUGGCCCAUUGGUGCUAAUGGUCCCUCAGCCUCGGUGGUGGUGCAGUUAUUGAUUGGAAAGCUCAGAGCUGCUGGUCUCUGCCAUCGCUUUUCAUUUAUGACGAAGGGAGUACAUUUGCAUACCGAGGCAAUGAAAGAAGCUUUAACGGAUCUCAACAUGAACAUUGUGGAAAUUGCAGACGAGAAUGCAACUCUAGAUGGAGGAGAUGUUCUCUUUACAGGGCGAGAGUUCUUUGUGGGUCUCUCCAAACGGACCAAUCAGAGGGGAGCAGAGAUUCUUGCUGAUGCCUUUAAGGACUAUGCUGUUUCCACGGUGCCAGUGCUGGAAGGGCUGCACCUGAAGAGCUUCUGCAGCAUGGGUGGACCAGGCCUUAUUGUCAUCGGCUCCAGUGACCCAGCUCAGAAGGCCCUCAAAAUUAUGCAACAAAUGAGCGACCAUCGCUAUGACAAGCUGACCGUGCCUGAUGACCUCGCCGCGAACUGCAUCUACAUGAACCUGCCUGACAAGGGCCACGUGCUCCUGCACUGCACCACGGAUGAGUUUCCAGAGAGCGUUAAGGUCUUUGAGAAGCUAAAGGACCACAUGCUGAUCCCUGUGUCCAAUCUGGAGAAGGUCAAGUUGGAUGGAGCCCUCACCUGCUGCUCUGUGCUCAUCAACAAGAAGAAGCCCGACAACUAAGCCCGCUCUCUAGAGGUCCUUAAGUGGGAGGCAGACAAACGAAAUCUGUCUGAGCCUAUUAUAGAGCCAAGAUUUAGAAAAAAAAAAAAAAACCUGAGCACUUAAAUUAUGUAGUAUGAAACAAAAUUGAUUGGAAAUGAAAGAAAUUAGACUUAUAUGGAAUGUUUGCACAGUGUGACAAAAUGCACACGACUAAAAACCUGAUCAUAGGAUACAAAGAUUGAAUGUUAAUGAAAGUCACUUUAUAUUAAAAACCCCGCCACCAAAAAGAAUGUGAAAGAAGUGAAACUUCCAAAGAUUUUGUCCUUUUUAAAAUGUAUGAACAUGUCAAAGACAAACUCAUACAAGUCUUUAUACUUAUAUAUGACAUUCACACAUACCAUAUAUACACUCAACAACAUGCAACAUGUCAUUGAAGCACUAUAUACCCAUGAGAUACAGAACACAGACAGAAUUAAACUAAAAUGGCUUAAAAAGUGUCAAUAGAUGUUGGAUUGCACAUAAAAAAUUAAACUGUGAAGCAGUUCAAACUCUUUUUUUUUUCUUUUCCCCUCAGAGCACUUUGGAAAAGUGAUUAAAAAUGUGUUCCUAAAUCAGAUGAGGGAUAGAUAAUAUCCCAUAAUUAGACACUUAGUUGUUGGGCUCACAUGGUUUUCAAGCCUUAGCUGCUGCCUGAUGUUCACAACUCUGUCAGAGAACCACAAGGAAGAGCUCUGGUGCUGGAAGCAUCAGAACAUCCAGAUCUGUGUAAUGAAUACUUUGGGUGCUAUUGUAAAGUAUACUUACUAUAAAGUUGUAAACAAUACAGUUAUAUUCCUUAUAUGUUUAGUUGAUUGCAAAAGUAGCUAACAUUUUUCACCACAAUAACUGUGAAUCCAUUUUUCGUGUCUUAGUGUACUCAUGUAUGUGUCUAGGCCUGUUGAAUAACAAUAAUUUGAAUUUUGUAGGAAUUUGACGUCAGAUUAAGAUGCACUAAACUAAUCCUGCUUCCAGUGUAAGAACUACCAUCAAUGUGUUCAGUUUUGAGGUUGUGCAAAUCAGGACUAAAAUAAAAAGUAGCUUAGUUCUGACUACAUUUUCAAAAUAAACUAAAAUUGUAAUAUUGCUGCAUGA